AUGACAUCAUACAUCAACGCUCGUGUCCAUAUACUCCCUCAACAAAAUGGGGUGGCUAAGCGAAGGAACCGAUAUUUAUUGGAAGUCGUUCAUGCAUCUUUAUGUAGUGCAAACAUGCCUCGAUCGUUUUGGGACGAGGACGUCUUCUCUGCAACUUACUUUAUAAAUAAGAUUCCCUCAAGUAUAUUGAAUUUCCAAACUCAUCAUCAAGCACUUCACCGCCAUCUCCAAACACCUCCCACCCCAAACCCUGAACAACAGAUUUUCGGCUGUGUUGUAUUUGUACACUUCUAUGAUUACCAAUGUAACAAAUUGGAUCCCCGUGCAGAAAAGUGUGCUUUUAUUGGCUAUGCACCUCAUCAGAAAGGCUACUGA